UCUCCUACCCAACAUUUUACUUUUUCCCCCUUCAAAUUGUACUUUUUAUUCCGAAAAGAAAAGUAAAUAAAUACUAACAAUUUCAGUUUCCCAUGGCCAUAUAAAAAAAAAUUGUCAGUUUCCAGUUUCCCGUGGAAGGCGUGACCGCAAAAGAAGAAAUUUGCAGAAACUGGUGAAGAGGCAAAGCGAAAAUAAUAAUUAAAAAAUGGAAGAUUUUGAGAAAAAGCUUUCGAUAAAAGAGUCAAUGGAGAUUGAAGAAGAUGAAGGCAGCAGUAGCAGUAAAAAUAAAGAAAUUCUCCAUUUGCUUCGCAAAUUCCUUGACGUUCAACAGCGUAGAGCCCAAGCUUACUCCAAGCUUAAAACGGGUUUUUCCGAGUAUAUGAAUUCAGGAGGGGAAUUGGCGUACCAGCAGCUUUGCAGUGAGAUUACAAUAGAGUUCAAUGACUGCUCGAAACAAGUCCUUGAGAUGGAAUCUCUAUUUUUAAACCCUGAUUACGGCCGAGUUGAUCUAGCUCAGCUGCUCAGAGCUGUUCAAACACACGAAAAGCAGAAAUUGCAUCUGACUGCUACGAUUCAGGUCUUGAAGAAGGCAGGUCGGCCAUCAGAGCGUCCAGUGAGCCACGAAAAUUGUUUAUUUAAGAAGCCAAUGGAGCAUGAAUGUGUGCAUGUCCAUGAGAUAACAGAAGCAGCUGGCACAGAAGAUGCAGAAGCAAAUGCUGAAUAUGAUAAUGCUCUCAAGGAAGCCAUUAGAGGUGUGCAAGAUGCUGUAACUGCCAUUAAUGAACAUUUAGAAGAACUGAGAUAUGAAAUUGCAGCCCUUGAAGCUGAGCUCUUUUAGCAAUCCUACCUGCAGAAUUUGCAAAAUUCACCACCAAAAGUUUGAUUAGGCAGAUGGAGAUGCGGUGAACUCUGAUAAAGCUUGAUCUGUGUGGAAAUGCUUGUUCGAGGGAUCCUAUCCCGAAGCAUGCAUCCCGUUGGCCUCUGUUGUUAAAAUGGCAAAUGUUUGGAUUUGGAGAAACUUCUUAUCCAAAAUAAGAUUGAAAAU